AUGUCCGCCUCGUCGGGCACAACGCUCAUCUCGCCCACCAGCGCAACUGCUGGUCCUCCACCCGCGCCCUCAGUAUCUGGAGCGAGUGCGCACUCGACCGCUACUACCCAUAGGAAACAUAGCCGCGCAGCCUCCCACCAUGCGGUCGGACACGGACACGCCCACGGUCAUGGACAUGGACGCCGGGCGCACGGCUCCCACAGCCAAACCCGCAGUGGCCGGCGGGGCAGCGAGAGUGAGCAUGGUCGGCGUGCCUUCACUUCGGGGCUGGCGAUGCACGCAUUAGAGGGCAAGCCCAAUACCAAGCGCAAGACUUCGGAACCGACAGUGGGCGUGCAGCGUGCACCGCCAAAGGCGAAUCGGUCGGAUACGCAGCUCCCCCGUCUAGGUGACUCGCCGGGAUCGAGUGGCAUCGUGACCAAGAAGCGAGGGAGCAAGGCCGAGAUCGAAGUCGAGGUCAUUGCCGGACCGGAUAAUGGCGGCGAUGACGAGUGGGAGAGCGGAGAGGACACGCCAGCUGGCUCGAGCCGACCCCGCCGCGACGCCCCAGCCCCAGCCCCAUCCAACCUCGAUCCCGUAUCUGAACGCCGCCCUAUGGUCGAUUCGGCGAGCGACCUCCCCGCCCCAAGUCCGGGGCAUGAACCGCGCGAGACACAGCUCACAAAGGGCUUCCCAGGCCUCGCACUGCCGCCCCCAAGCCUGCCUAGCGGUACUGCUAGCCGGAGCCACUCGCCCAGUCGGGCCGCGAGCGUGUUAUCCCUAUCUCGCCCUACAUCGCACAUCAACCUCCGCCUCCCGAUACACACACCGAGCACCGGCCCGGUAAGUGAAUCUGCAGUUGAGGGACGCGAGUUUCCGUUCUCCUCAAACGGGCCAGAACAACGCGACCACCGCGACCACCGCGAAAGAGAAGUCAAGAAGCCGAGCCCGCUCAAGUCGACCCAUCACCGCCAAGCGAGCGGAAGCGUCCCCCAGACUGCGCCACUCCUCCGUCGUCCACCUAGUCACGCGUCUCUUCGUUCGGUACAGAGCCUGCGCGCCCCGCCACAUCCGCUCAACGCCCUCGACUCGCCGAAACAGAAACGCGAAGUGAGCCUGCACUACCCUCCGGCAGCGCCUGCGCUCGUGAAUCGCGAAACGGUCGAGGGACAGGGAUGGGAGGGCGACGGUGACGGCGCGGCACCUCCUGCAAUUGCGCGGCCCGAGCCUCGCCCAGCCAGAGUGGGGAGCUUUUCUUCUGUCCGAUCGCUCAAGGACCUCCUGAACGGCCCAGCGCCUCCUCGCCCACCCCCUACCCCUCGCCGCCUUACAGCCAUGCAAGCCGCCACAGCAGUCAGUCGCCUCGGCACGACUUCUGACCCCGUAGCCUACCACCAGAGCUUGGGCUUCUCAGCGACCACAGCCGAGACUGCGCAUCUUCUGUCUCGUUUCUUACCGCCCAAGAGGAAGGGACGGCCGCGCUGGGCCAUCACGGCGCGCGAGGCGCUCGCAGCGCAUUACGCCCUUGAGGCGGGCGAGGAGAUCGAGCCUGGUCGCGUCGGGCUUACGGAUGGGCAGUAUCGCGACUCGCACGAGAGCCUCGUUGCUACACUUCGCUCGCUGGGAGCUCGCAAGCCGCGCCGCGGAACUUCGCGCAGCAUCUCGUACCAGUCCCUGCUGGGGGCGACGGAGGAGGUUGCCUGGAGUCCGCGGAGGCAGGGGAGUGGCAUGUCGCCGUUCGAGAUGAGCGCCGCGCGGUGUCUCACCCAGCGGCCGCGGGCGUAG